AUCUUUAUUUACUUUUUACAACAAAUUACCAAAAUAACAUUCUUAUUUCCCACUUCUACUGUGCCCUUCGAUUCCAAUAACUAUUUUUUUUAAUAAUAGUAAUAUAAAUAUUUCUGGUAAAGAAAUUGACUAUAUUAAACAUCCACGAUCACACGUUUUAGUAACUUAUAAAAGUUUUAAAUAAAACAUCUACAAAAGCAUAAGUAAAUAAAAGUUAGUUUUAAGGAAGUAUUUUUCUUUAAGGGAAAAUAUAAUAACAAAUGGAAUCGAACGCUUCUGAGACUUCAACUUCUAAUAGAGCGACAAGAUUUAUGAUGGAAGCUGUAGGAACGCGUGUAAUAAGAGGGCCUGAUUGGAAAUGGGGCAAGCAGGAUGGUGGAGAAGGCCACGUGGGUUCUGUACGUAAUUUUGAGUCUCCAGAAGAAGUUGUUGUAGUGUGGGAUAAUGGAACUGUAGCUAAUUAUCGGUGCUCAGGUGCAUAUGACCUACGGAUCCUUGAUAGUGCUCCUACUGGUGUCAAACAUGAUGGUACUAUGUGUGAUACUUGCCGCCAACAACCAAUCUUUGGUAUUCGCUGGAAGUGUGCUGAGUGUGUUAAUUAUGACUUAUGUUCAAUUUGUUAUCAUGGAGAUAAACACAACCUCAGACAUCGAUUCUAUCGGAUAAGUGCACCAGGAGCAGAGAGAUGUCUAGUUGAACCUAGAAGGAAGAGCAAAAAACAAGUAGUCCGUGGUAUUGUCCCUGGAGCUAGGGUUGUGAGAGGGGUUGACUGGCAGUGGGAAGACCAAGAUGGUGGCAAUGGGAGAAGGGGUAAAGUCAAUGAAAUUCAGGAUUGGUCUGCAGCCAGUCCCCGUUCAGCAGCUUAUGUAGUUUGGGAUAAUGGAACUAAGAAUCUUUAUAGAGUUGGAUUUCAGGGUGUGGCUGAUUUGAAAGUUGUGAAUGAUGCAAAAGGUCAACAUGUGUAUAAGGAGCAUCUCCCACUAUUGGGAGAGGUUAGACCUGGGACCACUGGUCCUCAUGCACUUCAAAUGGGUGAUCAGGUAACAAUAAAUUUGGAUUUGGAGAUUGUAAGAUCCCUCCAAGUUGGUCAUGGUGGCUGGAUAGAUGCCAUGUUGGAGAGUCUUAAUACUACAGGAACUGUUGUAUGCAUCGAUGAAGACCGCGACAUAGUUGUUGCUUACCCAAGUGGGAACCGAUGGACAUUCAAUAUUGCCGUCUUGACCAAGGUGAGCAGUGCAAGUGGAAGUGGCACCGCAAGUCCCUCUAGUGGGAAUACAUUUGCGGUGGGUGAUAUUGUGCAAAUAUGCUCUGAUAAGGAGAGAGUUAAGGCUUUGCAGCGAGGUCAUGGCGAAUGGGCUGAGACUAUGGACUUUACUCUGGGUAAAGUGGGACGGGUCCAGCAGAUCUAUCAUGACAAUGACCUGAAAGUGGAAGUGUGCAAUAUGACCUGGACAUACAAUCCCAGUGCUGUUACCAAAAUUGCAUCUGCAAAUGGCGGUUUGUCUGACGUAUCUCCUGGUGUGCGUCUCUCGAUGAUGCUUAAACGUCUUUUUGAGUGUCAUGGCAGUGCUAAUGAAGAACUGGUUAAGGCUGCCGCAAAUGGAGAUGCUGCUCGGUGUGCUGAUAUUCUUGGUGGUUCUGAUGAUGCUGAUGUUAAUGGGGUUUCAGCGGGACAUACUGCCUUGCAGGCAGCAGCUCAGAACGGUCACGUGGAAGUGAUUAAAAAACUAAUCGAAGCUGGAGCUGAUGCGGAUGCUGAAGAUCGGGAUGGCGAUAGGGCAGCUCAUCAUGCCGCUUUUGGAGAUGAACCCGGUGCCUUGCGAGCCUUAGCAGCUGCUGGGGCCGAUCUCAACGCGCGGAACAGAAGUGGGCAGACCCCUUUACAUAUGGCAGUAAAUAGGGGCCAUCUUGGAGUGGUCAGGACUUUAUUACAGCUAGGCGUACAUCCCAGCUUGCAGGACUCGGAUGGAGAUACACCGUUGCUGGAUGCGAUAUCGAAGAAGCGUGAUGAGAUAUUAACCUUGCUGUUAGAUCAUGGAGCAGAUAUGACGCUGACAAACAAUAACGGCUUCAACGCCCUGCAUCAUGCAGCUCUUCGUGGGAUUCCAAGCGCUAUGAAGAUAAUGCUGUCCAAGCUGCCUCGUCCCUGGAUAGUGGACGCUGCCAAAGACGAUGGCUACACUGCACUUCACUUAGCUGCGUUAAAUAAUUACGCAGAAAUCGCCGAACUACUUGUCCAAGGAGGAGCCCAGCCAGACCUACAGAAUGCGAACAUGCAAACAGCACUUCAUUUAGCCGUCGAAAGACAGCAUACACAAAUAAUACGUCUCCUUAUUGCAAAUGGAGCAAACCUCAAUAUUUGUGAUAAGGACGGCGACACUCCCUUACACGAGGCUCUGCGUCAUCACACUUUGCAGCAACUACGACGUCUGCAAGAAGAUACAGUGUUCCCCACACUAGGUGGUAUUGCGAACGCGCUUGAUAAGAAAUCAUCAGCAUCCAUAGCAUGUUUCUUGGCUGCCAAUGGAGCUGAUUUGAGUAUAAAAAAUAAAAAAGGUCAAACGCCAUUAGAUCUAUGCCCAGACCCGCAUCUACGUAAAACGCUGACAUCAUACCGAAAGGGAGGCCCAACCGACGAUACCCCCGAGAUCGAGACUCGCUCCUUCAGUCCUCCUGUAGCCAGCACAUCUACAGAGACCCCUGCACCAGCUCCGGAGGCCCCUGUCAAAAGUGAAACGGAAGAAGAAUGUCUAGUAUGUUCGGACGCAAAACGAGACACGCUUUUCAGACCUUGCGGCCAUAUAUGCUGUUGCAAUGUUUGCGCUGCGCGGGUUAAGAAAUGCUUUGAAUGUCGGGCUCCCGUUACUUCUCGUACUCGUGUUGGCGAAUGUAUGGUGUGCUCUGAAGCACCAGCUACUGUGGUGUUCCGGCCUUGUGGUGACGUGUGCGCCUGUGCAUCGUGCGCACCACUGAUGCGCAAAUGCGUCAAAUGCCGUACACCACUACAGCCUCACAAUUUGCACAAAAAUGAAUUAACAAAAGAGUGUACCAGCAAUCUGGUGACUGCGGUGCCAAAUAAGGGUCAGCCAGCGGUGUCCCCGGCUGGACCUCACGUGAUGAAUAACACACGUCAACCCGGCGCGCCCUCUACCGCAGAAGUACAGAAAUUGCAACAGCAGUUGGAGGAUAUCAAGGAACAGACCAUGUGCCCAAUAUGCCUGGACCGCCUCAAAAACAUGAUAUUCCUGUGUGGACAUGGAAUGUGCCAAAUGUGCGGAGAUUGCAUCACCGUUUGUCCAAUUUGCAGAAAACAGGUUGAAAAGCGUAUAUUACUCUAUUAGCAUUAAAAUUAGACGUUAUUUCUUAAUAGUAAGAGCUCAUAGUCGCGUGCACAAUGAAUAAUGUACGUGCCCUCAAACUGCGUUAUGACUAUUAAAUUCCAAAUAAACUAA